AUGGACGUGAAAACAGUAGUACAACAGGAAUCUCUCCUCAAGUAUAAUUGUGAAUUGGGCGAAGGGUCACUAUGGGAUGCUAUUCGACAACGAUUGUAUUUUGUAGAUAUUAUAGGAUGUAGAAUAUUCACUUACGAGCCAUCUACUGGGAUACACGGAUAUCAAUCAUUAGAUAGGAACGUUACUGCUUUAGCUCUGCUCGAGGAUGACUCCGGACUUUUGGCGGCUUUACAAGAUGGUCUUGCAUUCAUCAGCUUCGAUCAAUUACCCUUUCCUCCUACCAAUUCCCCCUCCACCUACAAACGUCUACAAACGAAUCUCAAACAUUUAGAAGGGUUCAAUCGGUUCAACGAAUGCUGUGUGGAUCCAACAGGAAAACGAUGGAUUGUUGGAACGAUGAUGCAUGAAGAGAAUUUCCCAGCAUCAGCUGGAGGAGGUCUAUAUUCUGUCACCCAAACUGAUGACGGAAGUCUGUCUGCCGAUCUCUUAUUGGAUAAUCUUACUGUAUCUAACGGCAUGGGAUGGACCAAAGAUAACAACACCCUGUACUUCACCAACAGUUUGAGGAAGGAGAUUGGUAAAUACGAUUAUAAUAUAGAAUCCGGUAAAGUCAGCAACAAAGUCAUAUUCAGCAAUGUGGACGAUGAAUAUCUGGGUGUACCAGAUGGUUUGUGUCAAGAUGAUCAAUAUCACAUCUGGUCAGCAAGAUGGGGAUCAAGUAAAGUCAUUCGAUUCACACCAGAAGGUAAAAUUGACUUGAUCGUACAUCUACCACAAGGUCUAAAUAUAACUUCUUGUAUAUGGGGUGGGCCCAACUUGGAUGAGCUAUACGUAACAUCCGCAAAAACGGGAACUACAGAUGAACAAAUCAAAAAUCAUCCACUCAAUGGAGACUUGUUUGUCGUUAGGGGAUUAGGUUUCAAGGGAAAAGAACGAACUCGAUUCAAAGGCAGAUUCUGA